UACAAAAUGCGUGCAUUUAUAGUACUUUGCCUUUGUGCAACAGCCUUGGCUGCACCUCAAGGAUACAAUUAUCAACAGAGCCAACAAAGUUCAAUUAAAUACAACACAAAGCCAGUAUUCGGCAGUUUAGGUGACAUCGAUCACAGUGCCAUUUUGCAAGAAGCCCUCAAAAAGGCACAAUUACAAAGUAGUUUGGUGGGAGGACAAAGUGCAAGCACACAACAACAAACACAAUUCUCCACCACUUCACAAUUCUCAGCUGCUCCACAAUUUUCUGCAGCACCACAAUUCGGACAGCAACAACAGCAACAAACCUUCGGAUUUUCAGGUAUUCAACAACAACAGCCAACAUUUGUGAAUAAUGUUGUGGCCCAGCAACAAGCUCCAAUCCAAUAUCAAACUUAUCCCCAACAACAACAACAACCCCAACAAUUGUAUCAAUCACCUUCGACUGUAACCAAAGACAUAUAUGUUCAUGUUGCUCCCGAAGAUGGUGGUGCUGAAUCACAACAACAACAGGCUUUGCCACAAUUGCCACCCCGUAAACAUUAUCGCAUUGUCUUCAUUAAGGCACCCUCUCAAAAUGCUAACAAGGCCACAGUGCGUAUUAAUCAAGCUCCAGUUGAGGAGAAGACCAUCAUUUAUGUGUUGACCAAGAAGGCUGAUCCUUUGGACUUGCAAGCUGCCAUUCAGGAGGCUCAACCCAAACAACCCAGCAAACCGGAAGUCUACUUUAUUAAAUAUAAGACACAGGAAGAGGCACAACAUGCUCAGCGUACAAUUCAAGCCCAAUACGAUCAACUUGGUGGUACUACACAAAUUUCCGAUGAAGGAAUUGCCCCCGUUACCUCAGUUAUUGGAUCUUUGGAUGGCCAAAAUGCCAGCGGUUCAACACAGCAAUCAGUCAGCAGUGGCAGCAUUUCAUCAACCCUGUCCUCGGGUAGCUCAUCGUCGUCAUCAUCAUCCUCAUCAUCGUCGAAUAUCAGCAAAUAUUUGCCACCCAUUGUCAAACUGUAAAAAGGUGUUAAUUGAAUAUUGAAACCUUUAUGACUGAUUGCCAUCCCAUUGUUAUAUCACAUAGCAAUGAUGUCUUCUU